AACCCCUGUCAAAAUCUUCAGAGGAGAAAUGGAAGAAUCGCAAGAUAUUCUACUGAACUCCAUCGCCGGCUCCGGUGUGACGAUUCCUCCCGGUGUAUCAUCGGUGAAAGAUCUCACGACGGCGACGUUAUUCUCCAUAUCCUCCCAGGCAUUGCACCUCAUCGACCGCCAAAACUCGUCGAUUCCCGCUUCCUUGCCGGAGAAUUCAGUUGCGGACCGCUCAAAGCUCUGCUCGGAGCUUGCCUCCGCUUUCAAAUCCAUAGGUUUCGUCGGAGAUAUCAGCUUUCACAAGUUCCUUUAUCCAUCGGAAGAGGACUUGUACGAGUUGAUACGGUUCUUGGUUGGGAGGCUAUCUGAUGUUGAAGCUCGAAAAGAUGUAGUUGGAGAAUCUAAAAGAGUUCUUAAGACUCCAGAAGAAAAGCUUGAUGAUGCAGGACUGCUGCCACGUAAGGGGCUUUUGGAGAGACAGUGGGAUCCAUUGAUGAGGAUGACACAAACACCAGAGGCAUCAAAGGAAUCUGAUCUUAUUCCGAAUAAGAUGGAAGAGUUCUAUAAUGGUGUUGAUAUACCUAUAGAAGGUGGAGCUGACUCUAGCAAUGAGACAUCAAGUGGUGAACAAGACGUCCUAGAUUUGGUGGAGGGCGUGAGGAGGAGCUCUUUGAGAGACGGUGAGCAUAAUUUUGAGUAUGGACAAGGACAACAAUCAACUUCACCAUGCGUGUGUUUGCCUCAGACAAACUGCAAGACGGAAACUUUACAAGAUCAAAAGGAAAGGCUUGUGGAGAAUUCAGUCUCAAGCUCGGUUCAAUUAAAAGAACUGCAAGAAAAAAUUGAUUUGUUGAAAGCAGCAGUGGAAAUGGCUUCUGAUCACAACCAUCCCAGUGACUUUUAUGUGAAUCAGCUAAACGAUCAGGUGGAAGUGAAAAGGGGCAAAAUUGUUGAAAUGGAGAGUCGCUGCAUUGAUAGAAGCAAGGCCCUUGAGCAGCAGAAGGUUUCUCUUGAGGAAAAGUUAAGAGCAACAGAACCAGAGACCUAUGUAAAAUAUAAAAAGGUGGAAGAGAUUGAGUUGAAGCUGGAGUAUAUAUUAACCGAAAAGAAAAGAAGAGAGGACAAACUCAUUGAACUCUCAGCCAAGGCUGAGAAGCAGCCCAAACUGCAACCUAGGAGAACCUACAUUCAGCGUGUUGAAGAGAUCACCAAAAACAGCCGGAAGCAGGAUGUUGACAUAGAAAGAAUAUUAAAAGAAACAAGGGAGCUUCAGUUGGAGAGCAACUCUGUCCAAGAACGGCUUAAUCGAACUCAUGCAGUGGUGGAUGAGACGGUGUUCAGGGAGGCAAAAAAAGACCAAGUGGGACAACAAGCUUACAGGAUACUGACUAACAUCCAUGACAGCUUUGAACAAAUAGCUGAAAAUCUUCUUGCAACAGAUAGAACUCGACGAGAAGUGUCUGAUUAUGAAGGCAAACUUGCAACUAUGGUGUCUCGAAGUGUUGAUAUUGACAAGAUGAAAGCAGAUCUUGAUACUAUCAGGAGGGAAAAUGAUCUUCUAGAAAAGAAAUUAUCCAAAAACUCAUCAUAAAGUGUAGGGUAGAACAGUUGGGGUUGAUUGGUUAUUUAAGAUGAAUGUUAUGAACACUUACGUUUCAUUUUAUGCUGUAAUGUUCUAGUAACACACACAUUAUCUACCUAUCAACUUUUUGUGGAAUCCAUUGCCGAGUGAUAAUAGUGCUGCAAUAUCUUGAUGAUAUUGAGACUUGCUCUUGUUGUACUCGGGA